UUCAGUCCUCGGGGAAAGAGGGCUUAGUUUUGCAUGUUCCCAUCCAUCCUGCGCGUCGCGAAAGGGGCCCCCUUAUCCACCUCUCCUGUGUACGAGGAACACCUCCACUGGUGAUCAGCCUUUGCCUUCGUGUGUUUGUCUUGCGGAGAAGCAGCAGCAGCAGCAGCACCACCAGCAGCAGCACCUUUUUCCAGGAGUGGGGCUUGCUUUUUUUUUUUAAUUCAACGAGAAGUCCUGAAGGUUUUGGAUGCGUGCGCUUCAGGGAUGUGGGCACUUUGAGAGCAGCAGCAUCACCCACAAACACAAACAACUGCCAUCGAUUUUUCUCUGAAUAGCACAGAAAAAGACAAGAAGAAGAAAAAAAAGAGGAACAAUAGCAACACAAAAAAAAUCUUGUCUAUUGAACAAUUCACUUUUGCAGUCUGUGGAUUUCGCUCUAACUAAGUACAGCACUUUGAGAAUUGCUCACAUCGGACGGACUGAAGAGGGAGGAAAGACCUGUGGACCGGGUUUGUCUUAUCCCGCAAAGAUAAAACCCUGAAGGAUAACACGCUUGGACGUUUAUUUCCCAUCAUUUUCACAGGAGGCUCUUCUAUUUUUUUUUCUUCUUAUUAUAAUUUCCACGCAAAUUGUCCUAAAUGUUUGGGAUUCAGGAAACUAUACCGCGGGGUGGGACGACGAUGAAGGAGGAACCGCUGGGUGGACUGAACUCAGUCCGCUCCUGGAUGCACACAGCUGGGGUGGUGGAUGCAAACACAGCCGCCCAAAGCGGUGUCGGCUUGGCACGGGCACAUUAUGAAAAGCAGCCCCCUUCCAACCUCAGAAAAUCCAAUUUUUUCCAUUUCGUCCUGGCGCUGUAUGACAGACAGGGUCAGCCCGUGGAGAUCGAAAGAACAGCUUUUGUGGACUUUGUGGAGAAAGAAAAAGAACCAACCAGUGAAAAAACUAACAAUGGAAUACAUUACAAACUACAGUUAUUGUACAGCAACGGCGUCAGAACAGAACAGGAUCUUUACAUACGAUUAAUCGAUUCCAUGACGAAGCAGGCCAUAGUUUAUGAAGGACAGGACAAGAAUCCAGAAAUGUGCAGAGUUCUUCUCACUCAUGAAAUCAUGUGCAGCCGAUGCUGUGAUAAGAAAAGCUGUGGAAACAGGAACGAGACCCCGUCAGACCCAGUCAUCAUUGACAGAUUCUUCCUAAAGUUCUUUCUCAAGUGCAAUCAGAACUGUCUGAAAAAUGCAGGGAAUCCACGAGACAUGCGCAGAUUCCAGGUUGUCGUAUCGACGACCGUCAACGUGGACGGCCAUGUGUUGGCCGUUUCUGACAACAUGUUUGUGCACAACAAUUCCAAGCAUGGGCGAAGGGCUCGCAGACUCGACCCUUCAGAAGGUACGCCUCCUUAUCUGGAAAAUGCCACCCCAUGCAUCAAGGCUAUCAGCCCCAGUGAGGGAUGGACCACCGGAGGAGCCACCGUCAUCAUCAUCGGUGACAACUUUUUCGAUGGUCUACAAGUCGUGUUCGGCACCAUGCUCGUAUGGAGUGAGCUGAUAACUCCCCACGCCAUCCGUGUUCAGACUCCCCCUCGGCACAUCCCCGGCGUUGUGGAAGUCACGCUGUCCUACAAGUCCAAGCAGUUCUGCAAAGGUGCCCCUGGGAGAUUUGUCUACACUGCCCUGAAUGAGCCCACCAUCGACUACGGUUUCCAGAGGCUUCAGAAGGUCAUCCCCAGACACCCUGGUGAUCCUGAGAGGUUACCAAAGGAGGUGUUACUGAAGAGGGCGGCCGAUCUCGUAGAAGCCCUGUAUGGAAUGCCCCACAACAAUCAGGAGAUUAUUCUGAAGAGGGCAGCUGACAUCGCAGAAGCCCUAUACAGUGUUCCCCGCAACCACAACCAGAUUCCCUCUCUCGCCAACACAGCCUCCCAUGGCAUGAUGGGAGUCAACUCCUUCAGCAGCCAGCUAGCAGUCAACGUGUCCGAGUCACAAGGGAAUGACCAAGUUGGCUACAGCCGGAACACCAGCAGCGUGUCCCCCAGAGGCUACAUCUCCAGCAGCACCCCACAGCAGUCGAGCUACAACACAGUCAGCAACAGCAUGAAUGGCUACGGCAAUGCCGGUAUGAACCUGGGUGUGCCAAGCUCCCCAGGGUUCCUCAACGGAUCCUCUGCCAACUCCCCAUAUGGAAUUAAACAAAAGAGCGCCUUCGCCCCUGUGGUCCGACCCCAGGCCUCCCCACCCCCCUCCUGCACCAGCGCCAACGGCAACGGACUGCAAGCCAUGUCCGGCCUGGUUGUUCCUCCAAUGUAAAUGCACUUUUGUCAUCUUGAGCACCAGUCGACACACUACCACUUCACAGGACACUCCCCCUCUCCCCAAACCCUCUUCCCAAGCACACUGCAAAAUGCCGGUGCAAUGUAUAGUCAACUGCUCGUUCUGAAGAAAGAAAAGAGAGAAAACAGUUUUUUUUCCCUUUUCAAUGACUUUCAGAACCUGUAGAAAAAAGGAUUUAAUGAGAACAAUAUUUUAAUGGGUUUUUUUCUGUGGGAUUUUAUUUUUCUUUACCCUCCAUACCCCACAAUUUUAUCAACCUUUGAAGAGGACGCAGGAUGAUGAAGGAUUUAUUUUGUAUACCUGUCGAGUUGAGCUUCAGCCUCGGACAGCCGCUCUCAGUACUGGAAAGGACUCUGUGGACUCACCAUCUGGUUGUAAAGUAAAAACACUGAUGUACAGACCAUUUGCCAACAAACUUGUAUGCCUCAGUUUUUUUUCCUCUUGUGUUUCAACAUCUUUUAAUAGAUUCACAACAGUUGUGCGUCUUUAUAAUGUGACUUUUUGUAUUUUUAUGUGUGAGAAAAUGACACAGGGGCCAAGACCAUUUAAAUUUCAACUGGAAAAAUAUAUGAAAUAUAUAAUUUAGCAAAACUGAUCAUAAAUGUACAACAAAUAUGAAGUAAAAACAGGAUUUCUUUUCUGGU